GUGAAAGUUACAUUGGCAAGAUUUUAGUAAAGUGACCAUAUUACACACUGCGUUUCUCAGCAAGUUGCUUGAAACUUUGGGUGACACUUUUUGCGUUAUGUAGAUGCAGUCCUCUAACCGAGUGCAAAUUGUCCUUUUAUUCUCAGAGGUGAAGUUUUGUACUACUCGUGUGGAUGAUCAGACUUCUGCUUGAGAAUGAUAUGAUCAGAUUUGGAAAAAGUAGAAUUCAAACUUGCUGCGGAGGACCGUGUUUGUGUCAUUUGUACGCAUCACGACCAAAGGGAAAAGCGGGUUUCAGAUAUGAAGAGUGGUGGCCGAUAUCAAAGAUUGCAUAGACAAGUAUGUGGACAAAAAGUGGGAGGGACAAGCGUGGUGGCGAGCAGACUAUGGUUAAUGGUCACGUUGGGUGCAACACUAUUGACUGUGGCUCUGACAAGGUCUGCAGCAAUGUACAGCGACAGUACAAUCGCUGAUGCCGCGACGUACCAAGCAAAACUGAUAAAGAAGACGUUGUCUUUGCAUCCAACCCAACACAGUUUCAACGGAUACAGUGGGCCCUGGUUAGAGAACGUGUUUUAUGAUGCGUGGCUUACGUUGGAGCCUAGGCCUUCACGUAUCUACGUUCCAGUAGCAUGGACUGAUUCCAUGCAUAUCAAAACUCUCAGAUUGCACAUGCAGCAGGUGAUCAAUCAGCUGAAUCCAAUGUUCAAGUACUUCACAGUUAUGCAAGCUAGCCUAGGGUUCAAUCAUCCGCUGUUGAAUCU